AUGGCUUCUCAUUACUUUUCGCCUGUCAUGGCGCCACAAGCCGGGCAGGCCACCGGCAUUGCUGCCACUUUGAACAGCAUUGCCAAGACCAUAACCAAGAUCAUUGCCAACGACUAUCAAACUCCGUUGGCGGACAAGCAGCCUCUCUCGAGCUGCAAUUAUAGAGAACAAGGAGCCAAGAAGUCCUCCUCAAGUUCGCAAGACACGGUCAUUCCAGUUUCACAGCAGGCGUCACAUGCAUCCCAGCAGUCGCAAGUUCCAGCCGUCAAUGGCGGACAUUCUGCGCAUGAAGAAGAGCAACCCCAAUAUUCUGAAGACGAAGACUACAAUCCCACAUAUGACACGGCGGAGGAAAUCCCGCCUCCCCCUACUGCUGCCCAGCUUCAAGACAUGGAGCGCAGGUGGCGUCGCGAGCAGGACGAACGCUUGAGGCAGACGCAGAAGUAUCUCAGAGAAAUGUUCCCAGACACGUACGAGUGGGCCACAUAUCUCUUGCAACGCGGCGUGCCCUCGAGAUGCCCAGCCCAAAUGGAGGCGGCUAAAGCCAACGUGGAGGAAUUAUUUUCUCUCACAGAACACACUCUAUGGAACGAUGUUGACUGGUCUCAGACCAAGGGUUCUGCCUCUUUCGAGAGGGAGGAGUCUCCUGGUGGGACACUCUACUGA